AGUUUGUCCGCUCAGGCUUACCAUCCCUGUGGAAGUUUCAUGCCAUUGUUUCGUUGUCUUUCUGGUCGGAAACUUUGAAACUACGUAAUUAUAGUUCGCGUUUGGUUCAGAGACACUGCCAAAUUCAGCUAUGAGCUUAUGAGAAGUGAGGCUUUUUGGUCGAGUAGCCCUAGUAUGCAACAUGUAGUUGAAGAUACAAAGCGCAUUUGUAGAGAAGAAAAGAGCUCAGAGACCAGGUGUUGCUGAAUGCCAUGAGCUGUUGAGCAGUGAUGGCAGAGCUGGAGGUGGAUCAAUCCAACCUGCCCAGAGUCCAGGAGGGCAUAGAGUAUGUUGGCUGCUGAACAAAACAAACCAGCUACUGGGUCUGCAGAGCCUCCGGACGUCUCAAAUGAGGACAAAGAAACUGACCAUUACUUGUGCCAGUGUUUUGCUGUACUGGAGGAUGGAGCUUUAGCUCAUAAUCUGCAAGAGCAGGAAAUCGAGCAGUACUACAGCUCAAAUGUGGAGAGGAGUCAGCUGGUGCAGAGGGACAUCAGAGUAGCCAAGAGACUGCAGGAUGAGGAGCAGCAGAGAGUGCAGACGCCACAGCAUCAGACCACUCGUCAGCUGGAGGAACGGGAUUCCGAAUAUGCACGCAUGAUUCAGGAGGAGAUCCAGCGGUGUGCUGAGGAGGCUCGAAGGAGGGAAGUUGAGGACGAGGAAAUCGCUAAAAGGAUACAGGAAGAAGAACUUUGUUUGAGGCACAGGAGCAGUUACCAAAAUAAAGAUGUUAGAGAAUCCAUAAGCGUUCCUGCUCGUCCAUACUCACCUCAGCCUGUUCAAACAUCUCACAACCAGUCUCCGACACGAAGAUGUCAGCACUCCAUUUCUCCCAACUAUUCUGACUUUGAGGAGGACCAGAUUGAGUACAGCAGGCCUACUGCCAUCAGGCAGGACAGAAAACCUGUUGUAGAACAAAGGAGGAGAUCUUCCAGAGUUCAUCUAGAGCAGGACGACAGGAGCGUGACUAGUCAAAACAGCAGCAGCAGAUCUUUACAGCUGUCAGGGGGAUGGGGUGAUGUCGUUCAGCUCAUAAAGAAUGAUAUGAGUGAGCAAGGCUACCUCAGCUACAGCUCUGAGGAUGAUCUCUUUGAACCGGUCUAUAGACUUGAAAAGAUACUGCGAAAAAAGAAGCAGGUCUCGGAAACACGGUUAAAUCGCAACAGCAGUGUCAAGGAGGAUUGUAGGAGAUUAAGGCAAGGAGACUGUUGUAGUCGUACGGAAAGUUUUAGCGAAAGACGUGUUCAUUUCCUGGAUGAACGAAGGCGUACUAACAGUUAUCUAGAACCUACGAAUGUCAGUUCUAGACCCUAUGAAAAUGGUAUUAGUCACAGUAGGGAAAGAGUUCAUUGUUCAACCGGGUUAAUAAGAGAUGAUCACACACGCCUUACUCAAUCUCUUCAACAUCAACCUCAGGGUUUUCGACGAAACAUUUCGAUGCGACGUAGCUAUCAUGGUAACAUAAGGCGGACAUCCGUCCGUGAAGGAAGCAGAACAUGCAGCAUAGAUGAUUCUAACUUGAGUAGAGCAAGACCCACAAAUAAUGGACCCUUACUGCAACCUAGAGCGCCACAAUCUGUGCAAGUGGAGGAUCGCUUGAGGGAUACGUCGAGGUGGGAGAUGGUGAAGAGUGGAAACUCACGGCAGAGAGCUUUAUCAUUAACAGAGGCUGAAAGAAGGAUAGACAGGGACCACAGGCAUGGUGAGCGUAGAGUUAGACGAAUUCAAAGCGAGCGCUGGCAGACUGUCGAGGAAGAGAGAUCGAGCUCAGAGGAAGAGUUGGAAAGGGAGAGCAGGAGGAAGGAGAGAUGGAAUCAAAGACCGCAGUCUUGCAGUGGCCGUUCUCCUGGAGCAGGGCCUGCUUUUAGGAGUGGAACAACUGCUCUUGACUUGGUAGAACUGGAGCAGGUGUUAAGGGAUGAGGAGCUGGCUCGCAGACUUCAGGAAGAGGAGGAGAGAUUGGUCGCAGAGGCUCAGCAUCUUUCCUCACCUCUCACCUCUAGAGAUUGUCCGGUUGGAGACUUUAGAGCGGCACAGGUUGCUCAGGAUGAGGAAAUUGCACGUUUCAUGCAGAAACAGGAGAUAAAAGUUAAGCGGAGUUCCCGUGAGUUGGAAUCUGCUGGGCAGGAAUGCAGGGAGAUUGAAAGAAGAGCAACAUGUGACAGACAGAGGCGGAGACUGGAUUCUGAAGGUCUUCGAUCCCCGGUUGAUGACUUCAGCCCAGACCAUCCAGGUCAAAUGUCUACACCAGUGCAAACACAAGCCAUUAAGAAUAUCGCAGAAGAGCUUGACCCCACAUUUCAAAGAAAAAACUCAGCCGAUGAUGGAAAAAUCAAUGGUCAAACUUCCCCACAGGCAGGCUCGUACAACCCAUUGGAUGAACCAACAUUUGUUCCACCCACAAAACGACAGAGUGAAAAACUCGGACGAGUAAAGACCAAAGAGAAAAAAGAAAAUGUGAAACAGAAAGAGAAUUGCAAGCAGCAGUGAUGCUGGACAUGUGAAAUGACCUGCAUUAAAUAAGUCAUAUAUGCAUGAUAUGCAUGCUUGUCCCAACACUUGGGGAUUUUCCAGUCUUCUGCUUUCACCAGUACUUGUUGGGAUUCAUUUGUAAUAAACAAACUUGCAAAACAGGGGCACUCCAGAUAAUGCUGCUGUUACUAGCCAACAUCUGUCAUGCUGUAUUUAGGUUUUCUGUUUCAUUUUUGGUUUAGCAGCUGGCUAGAAUGUCACCACAAAAGGGAAAGCUCCAAUCUAACAGACAGUGCUGUUCAAAAAAUGCAUUCCUGUAUGACUGGGAAUAUCAGAAAUUAUACUACGCUGAAGAAAAAGGAAGUUGACACACAUUGUUGUCCAACAUCCAAGCAGGCAUUCUUUUACUAUGGAUUGUACUUUCCUCUUCUUGUAUUCCAGGAACUACUUCAGCCUUAAAAAAAGUGUUAUUUUCGUUUUUGUGUGUUGCCUUCAAGAACACGUGUGUUAGCUUCAUGCUUUAAAAUGUUUACUAUUCUUAAUAUUAUUACUGAUAAUAUUUAGUAGUUUACAAGACCUGGAGUCUUGUUUCUCUUCUUCUGCCUCCUUUGUAGUGUACAUCAGCAUAUUUUAUAUGCUUUACCAGGUUAGAGGAAAUGAAACAUUUUGUACUGAUAAGUGCCAUUUUUACACGUGUUUAUUAGUGUCAUUACAUCAGUGUAAACAAUGUGUUGUCAACAAUCAGACCUUUAAUGCUUGUAUAAAGUAAAAAAAAAAUCCUUGUACAGAAGAUUAAAAAAUCUAUAUAAAUCCA